UCUUAGACUUGUAAAGUGGACACUUGUGAUGGGUGUGACCCAGGCGAUAUCGAUUUUGUAGAUUAAAUCGUCAAUUUAAUGCUUUACACUAUCCGUAUGAAUCACUAACAUAGGUUAGUUGAAUUAUGCAAAAAAUAUUUAUUUUGUAUGGCUGAAAAGAGGGAUUAUACAAACAUCCGAGAAUGAAGACAAUGCUCCGUAUUAUUUGGUCUUAUUUGACUAUAUGACAGUUUGAUUAGGAUUUUUGAUUUAAUUUAAGACUAAUCCACCAAAAAAACAUAAAAAACACAAAUAAUGAAAAACACACUAACUGUAAGUCUGUAACUGCUCAUCAGUCAUCAAUCAACAAUCAUCAUCACUUAGGUAGAAACCUCCAAAUUUUCAAAAUUUCCCACCUAUUUAUCAAUCCCAAAUUUCCUAGGGUUUACUUUAUCUUCCUUAAAUCUUCACAAAUUGUCUGCAAUUCUUCAUCAUUCCACCAAUGGCGAUUUUCAGACUGAAAUCUGGAGAUAUCUCCGCAUUCAAAUUACUGAUUUCAUUAACAAUUUUGUAUGGAUUAAUGUCUGUAUUAGUAUACUCUGUUCUUCAUAUGAAGUUUAUCACACCUCUCGCCAUUAACGCACCUCUUAAUCAGUUCUCCGAAGCUAGAGCUCUUCAGCAUCUUCGUGUAUUGUCUGAAGAUAUCGGUGGCCGCCAGGAAGGGCGCCCAGGUUUAAAGCAAGCUGCUGAUUAUAUUAAAGAGCAAUUGAAUUUGUUGAAAAAUCGAGCGAAUUCGAAUUUGAGGAUUGAGGUUGAGGAAAAUGUGGUUAAUGGGACUUUUAACAUGAUGUUUUUAGGUCACAGCAUAUCUUUGGCUUAUAGAGCCCACACCAAUGUUCUCAUGAGAAUAUCAUCAGUGAAUACAACGGAAGUUGAUGCUUCAGUUUUAGUAAAUGGUCAUUUUGAUAGUGCUCUUAACUCCCCUGGGGCUGCUGAUUGUGGUUCUUGUGUUGCAUCUAUGUUGGAAUUAGCAAGACUUAUAGUUGAUUCAGAUUGGAUAUCCCCUCGGCCAAUCAUAUUUCUUUUCAACGGAGCCGAAGAACUUUUCAUGUUGGGUUCACAUGGUUUCAUCACCACUCACAAAUGGCGUGACACUAUUGGAGCUUUUAUAAACAUGGAAGCAUCGGGAAAUGGUGGUCCUGAUGUAGUUUGCCAAUCUGGACCUGGAUCUUGGGCUUCUCGUGUGUACGCUCAGUCAGCUGUAUAUCCUAUGGCCUUGAGCAGUGCCCAGGAUGUAUUUAGGAUAAUUCCUGGCGACACAGAUUACAGAAUAUUUGCCCAAGAUUAUGGGAAUAUUCCUGGACUUGACAUAAUCUUUCUCCUUGGUGGUUACUUUUAUCACACUUCCUCUGAUACACUUGAAAGACUAUUACCUGGAAGCAUCCAAGCGCGUGGAGACAAUCUUUAUAGUGUAGUCAGGGCCUUUGCUAGUUCCUUUAUGUUAAGGAAUUCUAGUGAACGCCAGUAUUUUGAAUCUGCUGCUCAAGGAACUGAUGAUGGUGAACGGGCAAUUUUCUUUGAUUACAUGACAUGGUUCAUGGUCUAUUAUUCAAAAAGUGUUGCUGCAGUUUUCCACUCUCUUCCAGUAUUUGUCUUUCUUGUUGCACCAAUCAUCUUGCAUUUGGCAAAUUUUGAACUGCGUUCUUGUUUGAAAACUUACUUUGACUUCUUGAAAGGGAUGUUGCAACACUUCAUUGCGAUAUUAAUGGCAAUUAUGGUUCCAAUGGUAUUUGCAGUUUUUAGACUGCUUUUCUCUAAUCAUGCAAUGAACUGGUUUGCUAAUCCGUAUCUGGCUUUCAUGAUGUUCGUCCCAUGUUCUGUUGUUGGUCUGUUUGUACCAAGAUAUGUGUGGAGAUGCUUUUAUCUUUCUGAAGAGAUGUCAGCUCAGAAAAUGUCAAGAGAGGCACGAACUAAGGAAGCAGGUUUUUAUGGAGCGUUUGGUUUUUAUGCUCUGUUAACUAUGGUUUAUACUCUUGCUGGUCUUAGUGGGGGCUCCUUAACCUUUUUCACGUCAAUGUCCAUGUUGUUAGCUUGGAUAUCUACUCAAUUUUUCUCCUAUCGUGAGCAUUCAUUGAGGUCAGUGGUGGUCUAUAUGCUUCCUUUGUUGCCAUGUUUAACAUAUUCGGUCUACUUUGGUGGGUUUAUUACACAAUUUCUGAUCGAGAAGAUGGGAAUGAUGGGCUCUAUUCCACCACCAUAUGGAUACUAUGUGCCGGACAUUUUAGUGGCAGCAAUGAUUGGUGUUGUAAUUGGUUGGUGUGUGGGUCCAUUGCUCCCUAUUAUCGGUGACUGGUUAGGCCGAUCCUCAAUAAUGAAGGCCUUGCUGCAGCUUACUGUGCUUGCCCUGGCUAUUUCAUCAGGGUUCUUUCCUUACAGUGUGGAUGCGCCUAAAAGAGUUGUAAUGCAGCAUACGAUUUUAACCGCAGAUUCAAUGCAGGUUUUGGACUCGAGCUAUGUAUUUAGUGUUGUAGAUUCAAAUUCUCUGUCUUUUCUUUUCAAGUAUGCUCAGGAGGCGUCAGAACAUCCUCAAAUUGGUUCAGAAUAUUCUUUCCAAACCAUGAGAGAUAGAUGGCUUGCACUUUUUCCAGUAUCAAAUUUGCUCUCAAGAAGCUUGAAGUUCCCAGUCAGACAUGAAGAAAUCUUGGAGAAGUAUAGUUCUUUUCCUUAUCUGUCAACUAUUGAGAGGGAAGAGAUUUCUGAUGCUGGUAUUCGCAAAGUUCACCUUGAACUAUAUUUAGGAUCUCUGAAAGAGGUAUGGGUUACUGUCCUCAAUGUUACUGGUCCAUUAUCUGGUUGGUCAUUUGCUGACAGGACAUUACCAGCUCCGGAAACAAUUGAUGGUGGUCCUCCUUCAUACAUAUGCAGACUUAGUGGUGCUAGCUAUGAGAAGUGGGCCUUCUGGUUGGAGGCUAAUAGUUCAGAACCUCUAAGAGUAGAAGUUGCUGCCCUGGACCAACAUUUGUUGGAGUCAGCCAAGGAUAUGAAACACCGUUUCCCAGAAUGGAUAGACAUAGUCGCUUAUACGAGUUUUAUGUCCAGUUAUACAAUAUAGAUCAUAACUUGGGGCAGCACAUGAAUGGAGGCUCACAUUUUUUUGCAGCCUGUCAUGUGUAACAAUAGCCAUGUCGAAGCUUUGGCUGUUCUCAGAGACGUUUUACUUAUUUUGCAAUUCUUGUCAAGACUGCAGGGGACGGCGUUGGCUUAAAAAUGUCUCCACCAAGAAACAGUUGCAACGGCAUCCUGCAUCUCAUGGUGUUCUAUUUGUCAAGGCCAGUCAGCUUUGCCCCACAUUGUAGAAAUAGUUUCGUUUCUUUUAGUAGUGACUAAAUUUAAUUUAUCGAUGGCACAAAAAUAAAACUAAACUUAUGCUACAUCUUCAAAGUUGCCAAUGCUUUUAUAUACUACCUCUUUUUCCUCAUAAAUUUCACUGUAUGGUAUCUGAUACUCCGUGUAUACAAAUGUACAAUACAUGUACUUUUUAUCAAGAUAUAAUAAAGGCAUGUUCCUAUUGAGCGUAA